ACGCGCCGGCUGCCUCGUGCGCAUGCGUGGCAGGCCUCUGGGGGGACGAGCCGGAGACGGAGCCUGUGUACAAAGUGAUCGGCUUCGGCCGCGCGCAGUGGCCCCCGCACUCCCCGGGCGAAGUCGGCCGCCUUCCCGCAGAGUCGCAACCACGGGUGGCUUCUGUAGGUAACGGCAGGUCCAGGCCUGCGCGUGAGCAGAGGGCCCCCCGCGCGACCUGGAAUGGCCCGGGCGCGCGCGGUCUUGUGGGAGUUGUAGUCUUCCGUCCCCGCCCACGUGGACUCCGUUUCCCGUGGUGCCCCGGGAGGCCCGCUUCCGGCGCAGCUACGGGUCGGCGCACGCGGCCUCGGUCCGGUUGACUUUGCGGAGCCAUGGAGGGCGGGUUCGGCUCCGAUUUCGGGGGCUCCAGCAGCGGAAAGCUGGACCCAGGGCUCAUAAUGGAGCAGGUGAAGGUGCAGAUCGCCGUGGCCAACGCGCAGGAGCUGCUGCAGAGGAUGACGGACAAGUGUUUCCGGAAGUGUAUCGGGAAACCUGGGGGUUCCCUGGACAACUCCGAGCAGAAGUGCAUCGCCAUGUGCAUGGACCGCUACAUGGACGCCUGGAACACCGUGUCCCGCGCCUACAACUCGCGGCUGCAGCGGGAACGAGCCAACAUGUGACUGGCGAGCCCGUGGGCCGCCCCGCCCCGUUCAUUUUCACAAACGUGCUCUGAGAGGCGGGGCCCGCAUGUGCGUACUGCCUGCCCGGGGCUUAGCGGGGUGGCACCGGUGCUGGGACAGACGGGACUGUGUCCUCGCCACCCCUCGCCUUGCCCCCUGCCAGCCAGUGCAGCUUGGAUCUCAGGGGUGGGGGGGGCCCUGUGCCUUCCCAAAGUGCUGGCAGCCCAGUGGCACCUCCUUCAGGCCUUUGGGGUCUUCCCCUAGUGGGCCCAGGUCAGCCUCAUAUUGUUUGGGCGGAGAACUCUUGUCUGGACUUUGGAAGUGGGGGUGGUCAGACCCCACCGGAGCUGUCACCUCCUGCGGAUGGGCAAAUAAAUUGGUGGAGGGCGGAGA